GUGGGCUGUUUGUCUGUGUGAAGCUGGCAUAGCCUCCUGUUCCCCUGCAUCUGUUCCCCAUUAGCAGAGCCGAGAGUAUAAAGCAGGGAGCUGACAGGAGCUGAGGACAGUCUAGUUCCUGCCUGGAUCAUGGGGUUUACUGUCUGGCUGUGCGUGCUGUGCCUGCAGGCGAGCCUGCUGUCACACGCCUUCGACUGCUCAGGAGCAAGCCGGGGAGAGCUGUGUGUCAGCGGACAGACCGCAGACGGACAGUCAGAUGAUCAGACACAGCAGAGGGGGCUACCCUUACCUGAAGGACUGGCUUUGUUCAGACGUAAGAGACAGUUGGAGCGGAGAGAUCACACCCACCUGAGUCACUCCAGCCUGCCCGGGGCCGUCUCUGUCAAAGGCUUCCCUAAAACUCUCAUCCAGGCUGAUAGGUCCCGGCGACACUUGGUUACAGCUGCAAGCAAGAAAAGGCGUAACAAACUCCGCCCUGGCUCCUUCUCUGUCAUCGUCUACGACAAGGAAACCACCCCCGUACAGUUGAUCAGAGCGAGGAGACAAGUGAAGCUCGAUCCAGCCAAGAGGGGGAAAUCGGGUCGCUCUGGAGCUUUCUCUGUCCUCGGGGAUCCUCAGACUGAUGGACAGAGCGACAGAGCCGAAUGGAGCACAUAAAAGACAAGAACUGGAGAACACACAAAGAAAAAAGUUCCUUGUCAUUCUUGCAAAACCUAACAAGGGCCUGCGCACAGUAGAAAUGUGUCCAGAUGUAACCCCAAAACGUGUGGAGAAACCGACCGCUGACAUGGACAACAUUCCCAGUAGAAAAACCUCUGUUCUGUUCUUCUUGUUCUAACUGUAAGCUAGCUUACAUUUAUCAGCUGGUCUACAUUUAUAUGGAUACUUUUAUAUAUAGUUUUUAAUUUCUAAUAUAUUCCUGCAUGUUGUUGUUUUUUUUUCAUCACAAAAAGAUCUUAUAUUAAUAUUCUUCUUUGCCAUUUUGUUGUAACCUAUUUAA